UAGGUUUAAUUUUCUCAACAACAAAUCAAGCCUCAAAUUCACUUCACAACUUCUUUCCUCUUCACUAAAAACUAUAUACAUAUCUUGGCUUUUUUGCCAAACUAAUUAUUUCUUGAAGUUGUUUAAACAUGGACAUGGUGAUGAAGUUGGGAACAUCAAGCUCGGUAGUGAUUUUCACCAAGAGUAGUUGUUGCAUUUCUCACAGCAUCGAAACCCUAAUCCGUAAUUUUGGAGCAAACCCUAUAAUUUACGAGCUCGAUACACAUCCAAAUGGGAAGAAAAUGGAGAAGGCAUUGAUGGAACUAGGGUGUCAGCCAAGUGUUCCAGCAAUAUUUAUAGGAAAAGAGUUAGUUGAUGGUGCAAAUGAGAUAAUGAGCCUUAAUCUGAGGGGAAAGCUUAAACAAUUGCUUAUUAGGGCUAAUGCUAUUUGGGUAUAGAAAUUAAUUAUAUUAAGCUAACAAGUGUAUUUGGAUGGUUGUUUUGUUCUACCUAUUUGAUUUGGUUCUUGGUGUAUAAAUAAAAAUAAUAAUAUCUUAU